GUAAACACAGAACCUUUUUGAUAUGAGAAGUUUCUGCUAGAAUUCACAUUUCUUUAUCAAAAAAGAAGUAAGCAUAAUUUACAAAACUGUUUUACAUGAAAAUAUAAAUCAGUUUUUUUGCUCUGUUAAAACAAAUAAAAAUGCGAGCAACAAAAUGAACAUAUCAAAUGAUGACAAAGUCAGUAAACCUGCUGUUUAUCACUGCGUAAAAUGCAAAAACCACUGCCCAAACCCUCUAAAGCUGCCAUCAUGCGGACAUAUUAUAUGCGGCCCAAUUGGAGAAAAAAAUGCCACAUGUUGUGCUGUGAUUCUGUUGAAAACGGUGAAUACUGCUAAGUGUCCUAAAUGCCCAAAUAAGUUAGCCAAAUCCACGAAAUUGGAAGAUUUGGAACCAGUCAUAAAGCCUCAGGUUUCAUCCGGAAAAGGAAGCACGGCAGAAAUACAGCCAAAGAAUCAAGGGGCAAGCGACGAAUUUGAAGCGACUGCGAGUUCUUCACCACCUCCGCCCAAACCUACCCGAGAAAAAACUGAAUUCACUACAGACAUACGCGAUGACUGCAGGAUGAAAAUUAUAGUAAUCGGAGAAACUGGCACAGGAAAAAGUACAUUCUGCAACAUACUAGCGGGUGAAGAACACGAUUCGCAUCUAUUCCCGACAUCUGCGGCGUCUACCUCGUGCACCCAAGUAACACGUUUCGCGCAAUCGUUUUUCAUGGGCGACCAAGGUAAACCCAUCGAUAUCAUCGACACCAUAGGGUUCAAUGAUCCGACGAACGAAAAUGACGCUUUCAUAAUUGCGGACUUAGUUGCGAAACUCAACAAGAAUUGUGAUUACAUCAAUGUUGUCGCAAUUAUACUGAAUGGCACAAGGGCGAGAUUCGAGAGAUCACUGAUAGGAAUGUUGCGCAUAUUUCAUGAAAUGUUUAAUAAGGAUACAUUUUGGCAUCAUGUAAUUUUAAUUUUCACACACAUGGGUAUGGACAAAGACAGUGUGGACAAAAGAAAAAACGCGAACAAAGGAAACUCGGACGAUGAGCGGUUGGAGGAUUACAUUGGGGUGCUCGCAGAACAAUUUUCCAAUGCCAAAGGAGCCAGCUACCUCACAAUUGACUGUCUCUGGAACAAAGAUAAUGCUGAUGAAAAAGAGGCGUUUGUCAAUUCUAUGAACGAACUCUGGGAUCGAAUCCAAAAAGCAAAACGACUUACAACCAAAAAUGUUACAGAAGUAGAAAUUUCAAAUGAGAAACUACAAAAAAUGAUAGCCGAGGAAGUGGGGAAACUGGAAGAACAGAUGCAAAAAAAGGAUAAAGAGCAUGCUGCAGAAUUAAAAGAAAUAAAAGAAACGCUCAGAAUGGAGAUGGUUGUUCUUCUGAAGAUUCAGAUAAAAUGA